AUGAGUUUCGCUAGGAUCUACAUCGCCGCAUUCCUACUGAUAUACGGGCUCUGCAAUGCGGAGACUACCGGAAGCAGAGAGACCAAGGUGAACGACUCGGACAGCAUUGACCGUUUCGUUGCCGAUGAUGCUUGGGACGUCGAGAGGGGGAGAGAGGGGGAGAAGGAACCACGGGAAAACGCCCAAGAGAUCCUACCGAUCCUACCUCCGAUAAUACUUCUGGACUUCGAUAACAGCACGGUCGACGAUAACGCGACCGAUGAGAAGUCGAAGCGCACCGUGAAUAACGGGCUCGGUUACGGCUUCGACCGGAAUUCCCUGCAUAAUCCGCGAAAGUACAAUUACUACUUUCCCGCAGGAAAGACUGGAACCACCGUGAGCAUAGAGGAAUCCAUCAGCCCGUUUCUUCCGAGGACCAUAAUAGAAAAAAUACCACCGGGCAAUCACAAAUCGGUUUCCGACUCGUUCGCGGACUUUGAACGUACCCGCGGCUCGGUAGCCUCGAGCUACCAAUAUCAUUACAAUCCCACGACGAAGUCACCGCCGAUAUUUGGACAGCGAACAAAGUUGACGAAGACGUCUGACUCCGAGCCUUAUCAAGGUUUCGUGCCGAUUGCGAGACCCGUCGACGCGUAUUCAAACGUAGACUAUCAGGACGGCGCGUACGCGUCCACAACGCCGCAACCUUUGGCGUUCGGUUCCGCGGAGACAGCAACGGAGACGGGUUACGCCACUCCGAGUUCGCAGAGUUACACAGCCUCCAGUUCGAGUCGGUACACAUACGUCACUCCGAGUUCGCCGUCGUACGUCCAAAGAUAUCUGGGACAGAGUUCUCAGCACGCGAUAAACGUGCAGGAUAGGCCGAAACAAAGCGCAGCAAAAUCGUCGACGUCCAGUCCCCCCGAAGCCGCUGCUCUCCUGGGGCAACUGAAUCCUCACAAUUACCAGGCUCGGCCAGGCUUGAGCACGGCGGAAUCGUCGACUGCCCGACCCGACGACGUGUCCAGCUAUCCGGAGAACGCUGGGCCAUUCCCCGGUCUACCCCGAUAUACAGUGGAAAACGGUGUCAGAUACGAGAACAAGAUAUUUUGGAAGUAUCCAGACGGUAGAGUGUCCGACGUGCCGCCUAAGACGUACGAGACUUACUCCGAGUACCCGUCGUUGGCGGCGUUACGGGCCGCCAAGACCCAGGACGCAUCGCAGAUCUACGAGUCCGCCUCCACGGAGAACAGCGUGAUGUCGCAGGGCCCGGUGCAAUUCCCAAUCGCGCCGGAACCCACCGGUUCACGGACUCCGUUCAUCUCGGCGAGUUCCCUGUCCCGCCUGCAACAGCAGCAGCAAGCGUUUCGGCAGGGCUAUCAGAACUUUAUCGGCCAGAAGCAGGCAGUUUCGCAGCAGGCCAAGGCCGGCAGCGGGGUCUCGCCCACGUAUUCGGUCCCUUCGACAACCCUCUCGCCGUUAAGGGACUCUCUCCAGUCGAUUGGAAAAGUUCCGAAAAGUCGGUACGAAACGUUGAGGCGUCCGGUCUCGAAGUACAUGGUGAACAGUCCGAAUGCGGAAUACAUUGACAACAUGGAGAAGAUUGCGAGACCCACCAAGCUCUUCACUCAAUCUGGUGGCGGCAACUCGGGCAAAAAGAUUAACGCGGCAGGAGGCAAGAAUCUGGAUAGCUACACGAAUCUGCAAUAUUCGGACUUGCUGAACUACAAUCCAUCUAUCUCGCAGUACAUCAAGAAUCCCGCAUCCAUCCUUAACGUGCAGCCAACCUUCGUGCAAGCUGGGAGCUCUCUGAUACCAGUGAUCAUUCUAAGAGUGGACGGCGUACCGCCCAUACAACCCAAGGCCAUGCCGAACGUGAAUUUGAAAGCCCUGCUGCAGCAAUAUCUCGUUCAAUACGCCAAAAGUAUCGAGGAAUUGGCGCGACAGACAAGCUACGACCUCGGUGACGAUCAAGCCCCGAAGGAUCAAAGUCCGUUCUCCACGAACCCUCUGCGCGAACUGGCACGAUUGGCACCAAACGGCGGAGACUUGGUCGGCAAUCCUACGGAAUCCUACACCGGCAAAUCGAGUUACGAGGCGAGCAACCUGGACGCCGAAAAAGAUCUCUCGGGCGGAAAAUAUGGCGAGCGCACGGCGGUCCGACCGAAAGUGAAGAGCGUGCAGAUCAUAGAGGAUCCAAGGCUCGCGAAUCAUAGGCUUUAGAACGAAAUCACGCGUUUA